UUGAGCCGCGGGGCCGCUGUGGGUUCCUCCCGACGCCAGCUUCGCGCCGGUGGCUUGCAGCCGCUCGGCGACGCGACAGACCCAGCGUGUGAGCGGCGAGGCGCGCGCUCGCCGGCGCCGGCCCUCUGCCCUCCCCCUCGCCACCCCCUCCGCCUCCCUCUCAGGAAACGACAGCUGCGCGGGGCUGGCGCCGCCUCCCGCCACCUACCACGUCCACCCCGCCGUCGCCCGGCGCCCCAGCCCGGCCGCGGCGCUCCCCGCCUCCCCGCUAGCACAGCCGGAGGCUCUGCCCGGCUGCCGCCCAGCAUGAACAUCAUGGAUUUCAACGUGAAGAAGCUGGCGGCCGACGCGGGCACCUUCCUCAGCCGGGCCGUGCAGUUCACAGAAGAAAAGCUUGGCCAAGCAGAAAAGACAGAACUGGAUGCUCACCUGGAAAACCUCCUUAGCAAAGCUGAAUGUACCAAAAUAUGGACAGAAAAAAUAAUGAAGCAGACUGAAGUGCUGUUGCAGCCAAAUCCAAAUGCCAGGAUAGAAGAAUUUGUUUAUGAGAAACUGGAUAGAAAAGCACCAAGUCGUAUAAACAACCCGGAACUUUUGGGACAAUACAUGAUUGACGCAGGGACUGAGUUUGGCCCAGGGACAGCUUAUGGCAAUGCCCUUAUUAAAUGUGGAGAAACACAGAAGCGAAUUGGAACAGCUGACAGAGAGCUGAUUCAAACAUCAGCCUUAAAUUUCCUCACUCCUUUAAGAAACUUUAUAGAAGGGGAUUACAAAACAAUCGCAAAAGAAAGGAAACUGUUACAGAAUAAGAGACUGGAUUUGGAUGCUGCAAAAACAAGACUAAAAAAGGCAAAAGCUGCAGAAACUAAAAGUUCAUCUGAACAGGAAUUAAGAAUAACUCAAAGUGAAUUUGAUCGUCAGGCAGAGAUCACCCGACUUCUGCUAGAGGGAAUCAGCAGUACACACGCCCAUCAUCUCCGCUGUCUGAAUGACUUUGUAGAAGCCCAGAUGACCUACUAUGCACAGUGUUACCAGUACAUGUUAGACCUACAAAAACAACUGGGAAGUUUUCCAUCCAAUUAUCUUUCUAACAACAAUCAGAAUUCUGGGACACCUGUGCCAUAUGCUCUGUCAAAUGCAAUUGGUCCUUCUGCUCUGGCUUCAGCGGGUAGCCUGGUAGUCACCUGUCCUUCUAACCUCAAUGACCUUAAAGAAUCCAACAGCAACAGAAAGGCCAGGGUCCUCUAUGAUUAUGAUGCUGCAAAUAGUACUGAGCUGUCACUCCUGGCAGAUGAGGUGAUCACUGUGUUCAGUGUCGUUGGAAUGGACUCCGACUGGCUAAUGGGGGAGAGAGGAAACCAGAAGGGCAAGGUGCCAAUCACCUACCUAGAACUUCUCAAUUAAAUCGGAAGACCAUGAGAGGUUACCCAUCAGACACCAUAUUUAUAUAAUAACUCUAAAGCAGGUUUAAAUGUCUUUCAAUGUUAAUGUCAUAAGAGACUGAAAAAGAAAAAUUACAAGCCAUCAGAAACUGGCCAUUCUGCCAAUAAAACUGCAUGGUUAAUCCUUCAUUGCAGAAUCUAUGUUAGCGAUUUCAUGACAAGAGUGUUUUCUUAAUUCUCUUUCUACUGAGGUUUCACUAACAAGCAACUUCUACUUUUGAGCCCCGACUUAAAAACAAAAGGAUUCUUUUCUACUGAAUUUUUCAUUAACGGCAAGCUUUUUCUUUUAUGCAAAAUAAAUUUGUUGUGCAUGAUACCAGUGACUCAUUUAUUAGGUACAAUAGCCAAAGAAUAAAGUAAAAACUCCUUUUACCUUGCUGCCCAAUAGGAAUCAGAUGACUUAAAUGCUAGGCUUCAGUAGGGUCUCUUGGCUUUGGAGUUUUGCUUAUUUGGGGUUGGGUUCUGUUUGUUUAUGUUUAAUACACUACUGGAUAGUUUCUUGUAAACCUGAGUCUUGAAAAGUAUUACCUUAUUUCAUAAUUUUGUUAAGGUUGCAGAACACUGGGGACAAAUUCAUUCACUAAGAUAACCUUAAAAUUAUUCAGUUGCCAAAAUGUGAUGCAUAAUCAGAAUUCCAUUAAGAACAUACUACACUACAGUAAAUAUUUGUUGUUGAAGGACAAAUGUGUGUAAAAUACAGACUAGUGCAACAGCAUUCCUUGUAGAUAAGCGAAGUCAUGCAGUGGACAGAGUCUCUCUUCAGCAGUGUCUUUGGCUAUGCCGUGCACCCUCUGGAGAUGACUAAUGACACAUUUGGAACUAGAGAAUUGCUAUGAGGACCGUACUGUCUAUCCAUCAGCAAACGUUGCUGCACAUUGCCAGUUGAGGAAUUCUUUGGUUAGAUCUUCAGGUCUCAUUCAUCCGUCAUUCAUCCAUCCAUUCAAAAGACGUUUAUUGAGGACUAGGAACUUUCUUGAUCAACCGAGUAUACUACUGUGAACAAGAUGCUCCUAAAGAAGACAAAAAAUAACCUCUAACAGGAUUGAUACUGUGAUGAAAGAGAUAGAAGUAUUGUGUUAGGAAUUACUAGCUUGGGUCUGAGAAGUCAGAAGUUGACCCAAGAAGAAGGAAAAUGUUGAGUUAGGCCUAGAACCAGGAGAGCAUAAAUGUGUUCAGAGUAACUUAACAGUGAAGUACAAAAGUGUAGUUCGUUUACUCAGAAAUUUUUGAAUUGUAAACUCUGAAGUACUAUUUAAAUAGCACUUUAAAACAUCCAUUUGUGUUAAGAGCUUGGUAAACAUGGAAAAGUUACUCCUUGGUCCCAGAGUUAACAACCCCUUUCUCUGCAGUAAGAUCAACUCCUCUGCAGUUUUCUAGUAAGGCUCUGACUCACACUUGAGUUACAUACUUAAGGAACUCCAAAAACAGCUUGAGAUGCUAGUGUUCUAGAGAAUCAAGUGAAUGAACCGUUGUUGGGUUUUUUCCCCCCUCAGAAAGGAAAUUUUACAGCCUAAAGUGCCAUCUGUUAUAUUUAUCCAAAUUUAGGCUUUGAGGGACUAUAAAAAUUUGGGUGACUUUAAACAGCAGCUUUAGUUCAGCAAAUUAAGUUUAUGGGAAUUAGAGCAGUGCAGGAGAAAAUAUAAAUACGGACUGAAUUGUCUGUUUGUAUCAUCACAUAUUGGGCUCUUUGGGGUUCAACUCAGAUUUAGAGCUGCCAUUUUUUAUCAGUAAAAUGGGAGUAAGUAUGUCACCUAACAGGAGACUAUUCCACAAGUGUUACUUUGUGUUUUGUGUUUUGGCAAAGACCUGGCACAUAGUAGACACUGUGUAAGCACAGAAGCCCCUGUCAGUCCCUGACACCACACAGCAUGACUGUGAGAGACUUGUCUCACAUCUGUGCUGUGCUUGCUGCUGAAGUCCAUCCUCCCCCGCCUUAAACCCCACCAGAUCUGCUCGCUCACCCUACUCAGCGUAAGCUCUGUGGCAGGCCCUUCUGCCCUCCAGCACUUAGAUACAAGAGGGUCCAUGCGUAGGAUUCAUAGGAGCAGAGCCUCCUCGUACCUUGUCUAUCAUAGAUCCAGCAUAAUCUUUAGGCAUGUUCUAUUGUUUAAUUAUUUUGUUUUAAUGAGCUUUAUUGUUUGGUUGGGUGUUUUGUUUAAUUUUGGUUUUGACUUAAAGUUAUGGAUUUAGUUUUUGCUCAGGUAAAGGCCCAAGGAAAUUGUUAAGCAUAGAAGAAAACUCUUAGAAAGUCCAUUAACUCAUGGUGCAAUUCAGUUAUUUAAGUAAACCUGUGACCCCUGAGCAUAAUUCAAUAGCACAGGAAUGAGUGGAGGGUGCAUACAGUCAUGAAUACAAUAGACGAGAUAUUUAUAGGCCCUCCACAGACUGAAAAAAAAGGGGAUUUUAGCCACCUUUGACCUUAAAGUAAUCUGACCCACAAAGUUAUAGUUAAAACAUUUUUUCAUGGUGCUAAUCAAAAAAAAAAAAAAUUCACGUUGGAGGAGCUGAGGUUCCUAAAAUGAGAAUGUACCUCACUCUGACGGACAGGAAAGUAAGCCUGAGGCCAGCAUCUCAAGGCCAGCAUCCCAGUUGCUACAGCCCAUCCUCCCAGUCAGGCACCUUCAUAGCAGGAGCAAAAGGAAGCUGUUAGUUAGGAAGGAUGGUUCUGAGGUGAAGUAGCAGGGAGGAGAGAGGAUGGGACGGACUAGUUUAUGCAGAGAGCUCUCACAGAUGGCCUUGCUUUGUUACACACAGUCCCUACACCUGAAACUGCAGUGAACUGCCUAGCUGCACAAGCAAGAGUGGAGAGCUGUCAGGGGUAGCAUGGCUGACAGGCAAAUCACUCUAAGCCUUCUGCUUCCCUGUGCCCCUGUCUCAUCCUAAAACGAUGACGUUAGGGAAAGUGCACACCUGCCUUCCCCACUUCGUCCUAAUUCAAAUGUUGGCAAAGUACAAGACUUAAACAGCAGCGCCAGCACUGCUGGGAACUGUUGAAAUGCUAAUCGCUGGUUUCAGAUAUUCUACCUUAUUUAUACUUUUGUCUACGUGGGCCUGUGGAUUGGUAGUAUUAAUCUCCCCUGAGACAGCUUUUUAAAGAUUUUAAGACAAAAACUUAAUUUACCUUUCUUUACUAUGUUCUAACUAUUAAUUGUAAUUAUGUUAUUUUUAUAAUUUAUUUAUUUAGUAUGUAACUGUCACCUUAGAAUGUAGACUUUCUAAGACAGAGACUGUAAUUCUGUUAAUCAUAAAUUACUCUUAGCACACAGCUUGGCUCUUACAUAUGCUCAAUAAAUACUUGUUGGGUAAAAGGGAAAAAAUGCUAAUACCUGUGUCUUCCUCCGAAAAACCUACUGAGCCAAAUUCUGGAAGCAGGGCCCCACAGUUGUACAGUAAGCCAUUUGCAUGAUCCUGCAGUAGUCAGUUGUGAGAAGCACUGCAGAGCUGACAGGGCUGGCCAUUCACCCUCAGCGCCUACGAUUUGACUACACUUGAACAUUUCCCCUUGCCUCUGUCAGCCUCACUGCUUCUCUCACUGGCCGAGACCUUUCAGACCAGUCUAAGAAGUGGGUACAAAGGUAAUGUCAGUAAGGAAAGUAUUGCUUAGAAUGGCAGGACCUGGGUGACACAGGUUUCUGGGAAUGUGGACCCGUUGUCUAAAGCAGUGGUUCUCACCUGUGGAUGACUUCCACAUGUGUUGCAUGACCCUUUCACAGGGCUCAACUAAGACCAUCAGAAGACACAUGUAUUUACAUUACAAUUCAUAACAGCGAAAUUACAGUUAUGAAGUAGCAAUGAAAGUAAUGUUAUGGUUGGGGUCACCACCACAUGAAGAACUGUAUUAGAGGACCACGGCUCUAAAGAAAGAUGAGAUCUAACCACCACCCUUCCAUACAGUGCCUUUGAACUGGGGUUUAGCCUCAGAACACCCUGAGAAACCAGUGAAGCAGUGUUAGACUAAUGUAUGCACACCUCUGUACCUCAGUCCCUAAGCUGUACUCUUACUCCUAUGACAGAGUAGACUUUUUAAGAAUUGUUCAUGCUUUUUUAUUAAUACAAGUCACAAUAUGCUGACAAAAGGAAAGAUUGUGGACAGUUCCAUCGUCUGCAAAGAGCUGCGACUGAGGCGUGUGGCCUCCAGGUUCUCUGCACACUUACAGAGGUUUUUUUAACGGGAUCAAAUUGUACAUGCUGUUUUGUAACUUUUUCACUCAACAGUACCAUGCCUAUCUUGCUGUGUCAUAUGUAUUUCUACAUCUUUUUUAAUGGAUGCAUGAUAUUUCUUCAUAUGUGCCACAUUUUGUUAAACUACUGUUGAAUUUUUAGGUUUCCAGUUUUUCACUAAUAAACUGCUUUGAAGAACA